CCCUCCCCGACAUGGACUCAUGACAAGCAUCUUGCUGUUGGGAACUCUUCCUCCACCGUAUGAAGGCAGCCAGGCUUGCUUGCUGAAGAGAUGGGGAUCUGCCUAGAGCCAGCACCAAGCAACAGACACGAAACUCCAUACUGUUUUCCAUAGUGAACCUGGACUCCUGUGGCUUUUUGGUAACCAUCAUGGGGAUGGAAUCACAUCUUUCACUGGAAACACUGGGGUGACACAGAGGUUUGGUAAACUUUUAAAAUGAAUGUUAAUGCUCUUUUUCUUUUCUUUUUUUUUUUUUCUGUUGGGGGUGGGGGGUAAUUAGGUUUUAUUUAUUUUUUAGUGGAGGUACUGGGGAUUGAACCCAGGACCUCGUGCGCACACUAAGCAUACACUGUAGCCCUGAGCUAUACCCUCCCCCCAAAGAUCUAAAUUGCUUUUAAUAUCCUUACUGGAGUGGUCUGUCUCUGGUCUUGGAGAAAGGUGUUCAUUACCUUCUAGGAUGACACAAAUGAACAAACUAUGCUCUGAGGCCAAGAUACCUUGUGGAGGGAUGAGACAUGUACCUGAUGAUCACAUUUUUUCGUUUAUUCACUACUUCAACAGAACCUUUGAAUACUGUGAGGAACCUCGGUGUAUGAGCCUUCCACCAGCACUUUGAAUGUUCGCUGGGAGCACACAGAGCAAAAUCCUCAUCAGUACAAGCUCUUCUAUGUACCCACAGCAGGUGCCAAUCCCUGGGAAUACCAAUGAUGCCAUUCUUAGGAAUCUGCAGCCGGAUGCCCCAGACACCGUUACAGUGGUUCCCCUUUAUCCUGAGGGCGAUGGAGGGCAUACACCAGACACUGGAAGGACAUGGAAUGGUGAGAGGACUGGCCAGAAAUGUCCAAGUGUACAGUCCACCGAACAGCGGGAACGUUGGCUGGACCCUGCCCCUGGCUGGUGCAGCAGCGCCACGUGUGUGCGCUGCCCUGGCUGGCACGAGGCCCCCGGAACCUGAGAGAGAGGGCAAGACCAGGAGAAGGCAGGCCCAGGACUGCACUACACUUAGCCUGCGCCAGCGGCCAGUCAUCAGUGGUGGCUCUCCUUACCCAGUGGAAGUGUGACCUGGAUGCUCGUGACGAGGAAAGCAGGACAGCUCUCAUCAAGGCUGUACAAUGCCGGAAGGAAGAGUGUGUCACUAUCCUGCUGAAACAGGGUGCUGACCCAAAUCUUGAGGACAACUUUCAAAACACUGCUCUGCAUUACGCCGUCUUGGCUGAAAAUACAUCAAUUGCAGCAGAGCUGCUCCACUAUAAUGCAAAUAUCGAGGCGAUAAACAAGUAUAACUUCACACCAUUUUUAGUCGCCGUCAGGGAGAACAAAGAAGAGAUGGUCAAAUUUUUGAUAGAGAAUGGGGCAAAUGUACAUGCAGUCGACAUGCUGCAAAGAUCAGCGCUCAUGCUUGCUGUAUUUCAUGACUCACCAGACAUAGUCAAGCUGCUUCUUCAGAAGCAUGUUAAUGCCUGUUCUCUAGAUUUUCAAGGAUGGUCUGCUGAAAGAUAUGCUUGUCGUAAUGGUUUUAAACACCUUUACCAGCAGAUUGUCGACUACAGAGAAGAAAAGAUACCAAAUACUCCCCCUCAAAAUAGCGACCUAGGACAGAGUUCUGCUAAGGAGAGUUUACCUUCUUCGCAUACUGGGGCAGAAAACAUCCAAGAAAAGUUGCAGUUGUCCGGCAAGGACGACGAAGAAAUGGUUGAGUUGGGAACCAGCAAUGGCAGCCGCAUGGAUUCACUGAAGAAUGUUGAGCAGAAGAUGGAUUUAGUGGUUGAGGUUUCACCGAGUAAUGAAGAUAUCUCUGUCAUCAGAGUUUCACCCAAACAUGAUAUUGAUGAUUCAAGGCCUCCAUCAGAUGAGGACUUAGAUCUUGCUCCCAAGAGUACGUCUGAGAUUCAACUACCGAACCAUGUUGAUCAUUUAUCUGGAGCUGCAGGUCUAGGAGAAAAAAAUACAUUAAAUGGACAAAUAGAAAAUUCUACUGAAAAAUAUCCUCACCUGAAGCCUGCAGUUGGAGUGAAAGAUUCUGUUCCUAAAAAAACAGGAGAAAUGAAGAAUUUACACAGAUUCAAAUCAGAUCCUUCAGACGGGGAUUCUACUAGUUUUAGCCUCAAUAAUGAGGCUGGUCAAAGAGCCGAGCAUUUGAAAGUUGAUAAAUGUCCGUUGGUAUCGCAAUCAGUGACCACAAACCAGUCAGCACCCACAGAACUGAGGCAGAUGGCCCUAGUAGAUAAAGACGGGAUGAGUAUUGGAGCUGUGUCUCUGUCAGAAAAUGCAGCGCUCCGUGGCCUGUGUGAAUCACAGCUGCCAGAGAAAAGCAGCAGCAAAGAAGCAGACCUAGACUUAGAAAGGACAUCUGAGGAAGAGCAAGAAAGACUUGAUGGAAGUGAAAAUAACCACUCACAGGAUAAAUGUGUUUUACAGGCGUGUACUGUGAAAGAAAAGAAAUCUGAAGAUCAAAUCAAGCAGAUUAAUCUUUCACUUGUGCAUCUGCAAAAAAUGCCUAGAGAACCAGAAAUGAAUAUGGAACAUGACAGAAAGGACGUACCUGUAUCUUCAAAACAUUCUUGUAUGGAGAAACAUGAGGACAUGUGGGUCAAACAAGGCAGAUUGGACUGGAAAAAUAAUUCAGAAUUUAUCACAAAGAAGUCAAAUCAGAAAAUCAGUAAAAUCGAUGAAAAAUGUAAAAUCACUUUUCAUCGUAAGGUAGAGUCACUAUGUGACGACUCUGAACUACAUGGUGAUUUAAAGGAACUGCUUUCCACUGUGACAGAUAAUAUAUUUGAUUGUGAGGAAAAAGAUGCACCUGGAGCCUCUGUCUCUGUAGGAUUCCAGGCAUUCUCUGAACACAAAGAGCCCAGUCUUGAAAAUGUUCUUCCAUCUUAUUCUAAGUCUGAGUCAACAGAGUAUGGUUGCCAGUCAUCUUCAAAACUUUAUUUAAAUGAAAAUAAGUUAGAUGGAAGUGAUAAACCAGACACUGAACAUGUUUUUAACAAAAAUGAGGGGAGUUUUUAUAAUGAUAGAGAAAAUGAAGUAAGGAACCGAGUUCCAUUUAAAGUGAAAGAAGACCAAGAAUUUGCUACAAAAAGAAUACAGAAAAGGAACGAAAAUACUCACUGGAAAUCAGACAUUGGACAUGCACCUCAGGUUGAAGUAGAAGAGAACAAGAACAAAAGUAGUGAACUGAAAGGAUCAGAAACCAUGUGUGAUGGCAGUUAUUACAAAGGAUUAACUCAGCAGAGGAAGAGGGGAAAUUCUGAUAGUAGCUGUUCUGGCUCGUAUAUGACGGAAGUAAAGAAGAAUGAAAGUGGAAAACGGACAUUAAAAGCAUCUGUGACUUCAUGUGUAUUUGCGAAGACUGCCUCACUGGCUGGUGGUGUCCUACACAUGAAUGACAACAGCAGUUUAAGUGAAGGAGAUCAAGGUUGUGGCAGGUUUUCAAAGAAAACGUCUACUGAAAAGGACCAGGUCAAAGAGCAGAUGAAUUCUGUGGAUGGCCUCGAUGACUUAACUCUGGCACCGGAGACAGCUUCUGAGGAUUGCGAGUCGCUUUCCCCUGAUUAUAAGAACACCCUGAGGCUAAUCGAACAACUUGGCCCGGAGAGUAAAGAUUCUGAUAGGUUAUUGAAAAUUCAGGAUCCAGUUGAUUCAUUCAGACCAACAGAACUUAAAGAAUCUGACUGUGCACUACUUAGAGGAAAAAUUAAAGAAAUGGAAAAUAAGAUGAACUGGCUACACACAGAGCUGCUGAAAACAAGAGAAGCAAAAUCACAGUUAAAACUUAAAAAUGUGGAGUGGGAACAAGAGCUCUGCCACAUGAGAUUCACAUUAGAACAAGAAACAAAGAAGAAGGAAAAUGCUUAUACAUUAUAUGAAAAAUCUAAGGAUGAUUUAAAAAGAAAAGAGAAACAAUACAAUGAGCAGUUUUACCUGAAACAACAACUUGAAAUCACUGCCCGAGCACUAGAAUGCAAACUGAAGAGCAUAAGGAAUAAACCAAAUCAGGUUUUAGAAGAGCAAAAUGACGCUCAGAGACAACUUUCUCAAGAGCAGAAUGCCAGAGUAAUACAAGAUGAAAUCCUGGCCCAUCGUCUUUCCCAACAAAAGGAGGCAGAAAAGGCUAAUAAGAAAAUGAAUGCUGAGGACACAAUGGAUUUUGAGCUGUCUGACCCAAAAGAUAGCAGCGAGGUGCUUCCUCAGCAACUUCUUGAAGCUGAAAGUCAAUUCCGUGGCCCAGAAAUUGAGCUCCAUCCCAGGAGAGAUGCUCUUAGACCAACGACUUUGGUAUUAGAAUGUGUGCAUAGAGACCGAGGCCAAGCCCAGUGUUCAAACAAGGAAACUGAAGCCUUCUCUCAAAGCAAACAAGGGGAAGUCAACAAAUAUAUUGGAAAGCAGGCAUUCUUGAAGGAGAAAGUAUGUAAACUACAAAGUGAAAACAUGUUGCUUCGACAGCAACUGGAAGUUGCUCAAAAUGAAGCCAGGAGUGAAAAGACAAUACUUAAUAUCCCAGAGCUGUUUCUGGAUCACAUGGGAAAACUUGAAGCCAUGAGCAGACGAGUUCUGAUGCUGGAGGAAGAAAACAAGGAGUUAAUCAAUGAAUGCAGAUAUUUAAAGGACAGACUGUAUCAGUGUGAAAUGGACAGAGCAGAAAUGGAAGCCCAUAUGAGACAGCUUCAACAAGAACUGACUGACACCCAGAAGAAAGUGUCUAUGUUGGAAGCGUCCCUGGAGGUGACAGCACAUCAUCAGACUAAUUCAGAAAAUAAGAGACGGGAUGGAGAGAGGAAGUCACAUCAAACUGCGAACCCAAAUGCUGAUCUGCCAGCAAAAGAGGAAUCUACAUCUUCAGUACUUCUCCAUCUGAGUGCAGAAACUCAGCUUCUUCUAAAAGAACUAGUAUCUAUGAAAGAGAUGCAAAAGAAGUGUGAAACACUAGAGAAGGAGAAGAAGAAGUUGGAGGAAGAAGUACUAAACCUCAGAGGUCACCUCUAAAUGAACAUAGUGGAACGCAGUCAAGUGAAGCAGUACAAACGGGAGACUGAAGAGCAAGCAAGAUGGGAUGUAGUAGAAAAACUGAAAGAACUCAGGCGAGCUGUGCAGUACAGACGGGAAACUGAAGAGCAAGCAACACAUGAUGUAGUAGAAAAAUUGAAAGAAAUCAGCCAGUUUUUACAGGCACAAGCAGCAUUUCAAGAAAAUGUGUUAAGAGAGUAUAAAUGUGCUUCAGUAAGUCAAAUGGAACACAGAGUUAAAGACCUGGAACCUGAACUGAAAAAUGAUUCUAAUGAAAACAAAUUGGAAAAAUACAAACAACUGUACCUGGAAGAGCUAGAAAAUAGAAAGUCUUUGGCAAGUCAGCUAACCUUGGUUAAUGAGAGGCUGGCCAAGGUGAGCACUAAGCUUCAGCUGGAGAAGCAGCACAAGAGCUCUUUCCCUGGCUUUGUUCCUGCAAGGCCUGUUGACGGACUGCCUUCUGCUGCUAGUACUAGCAUGGAGGCCAAAAGGAGUCUUACUCGAAGAAGGAACUUCAAGACUUUUUUCUGAUCCUUAAACUAGCUUGAGCGAUCACUUGUUCUGGAUGCAGAAGAAGUUGGAGAAUAAUAUAGAGAAUUAAAAGAAGCUACUACUGAACUUGAAUCUAAGUCCUACAGACUCUCUCAUAGCCUUGAUGGACGAGUCAAGUCUAAGUCCAGAUCUGGUUUUGAAAGCAUGUGAAGAAUAUGUGGAGAUUUUGCAGAAUAUGUAUAUGAUCUGCAAGAUAAAUAGUAAACAUUUACCUGCUGGGCUGUUUGCCUAACAUUUUAGUUACUUCCCAUUAUGUAAGAUACUGACACUGUUUAUUAAAGAAAAAUACUCUUGCAUUCUAUAUGGGCAUGAUUAAAAUUGAUGUAUUUUAAA